ACUCGGCAGCUCGUUGUACCCAAAUGUUCCAGGUGGUCUGUCUCUCAUCUCUCAUCUCGCCUCAAGGCAACAAACACCAACCUGACGCAAACAACUUGAAACACGUAAAAGGCUCAUGGAAUAGAGUAUUACAAUAUGUCAUCCCACAGUCGGCCCUUUUCAACUUUGAGUCGCUCGUAUUCAUCAUCCUUCUGGCCAUCUGCACUUCCGCCUACAUUCAUCAAAUUUUCCCCAGGAUUCUGGAUUCCAACAAAAAUGGUGCCCUCGGUAUCGUCUGGAAAUUCGCGAGGAUCGGGGAGCGCUUGAGUCCCUACGUCAGCAUAGGCUGUGUCAUCAUGGCGAUCCGGUUCCUUAUCUAAUCCUGCCGGCUUCUCUCAUCUUUCAUCUGAGGGUGAAGCGGCAAAUUGUCGGUGGAGCUUCUCGGGAUUCAUUUGUCAAGCUGCAUUCGUGGUGAGGAGUCUUACUGGCCUCUGUGCCAGGUCUUGUUGACUCUUUCCUGGACCGCCGAGGAGCCAGGU